AUGUCUUCCGGUAGCGAUUCUGACGACGAAGUCAUAAACCGAGUGGUGAAGCGCGUGCUUGCAAGGGCAGCACGACGUCGUGAAGAAGCGAACCAGGAGGCGAUUCGAAGGCCAAUCCACCGCCGUCAAUCGGGCGAACGUGACCACACUGAGGCCCACAACCGGUUGUACGCGGAUUACUUUGCCGAGGACCCACGAUGGGGCUCGACGGUUUUCCGUCGGCGUUUCAGAAUGCUGCGAGAGCUAUUCUUGAGCAUCGUUAACGGGUUAUCGGCGCGUUACCCGGACUUCCAACAGCGUUGGGACGCCGCCGGAAAGCUUGGGCUGUCACCACCGCAGAAGUGCACGACUGCAAUUAGGUAG